UCUCUCUCUCUCUUCUCGCUCUCGUUUCGUUCAGCUUCUGUUGGAUCGGAGCACGGAAUGGCCUCCUUCACCGGAACAACGGCUCGCGUUUCGUGCGCUUUGAAGCAGGGGCAGGUACCUAGCUCCAAGAUAUCUAAUGUCAGGUCUGUUUCCCUCCCUAUUGGUGGCAGAAGUUUUCCUUCUCUUAAAGCUCGCCGCUUCCAGGUUUUCUGUGCGGCUAAACCAGAGACAGUGAAUAAAGUGUGCCAAAUAGUAAGGAAGCAGCUAGCUUUACCAGAUGAUGCUACUGUGACUGGAGACUCAAAAUUUGCUAACCUGGGAGCUGAUUCUCUGGACACUGUGGAGAUUGUGAUGGGACUUGAGGAGGAAUUUGGGAUUAGCGUGGAGGAAGAAAGUGCUCAGAGUAUCACUACUGUCCAGGAAGCUGCGGACAUGAUCGAAAAGCUAAUUGGGAAGAAGUGAGGAAGAUGGACUUCUUUGUCAGCUUUUCAUAAUUUAUGCAUAUCUCGCUGCCUAUUGAUCGUGUAACUCCGGAUUUAGUUUUUGAUGUAGUACUUGCACCUUAUUUCAAGAGCCAUUGUGCCCCUAUUCUAUUAGAAUAAUGACAGAAACUCCCAAUUGCUCCA